CAACCAACCGUCAGUCAAUGCAGGAACCGUAUAGGAGAAGCAUCGUCGGCGUUACACUCCUCAAAUUUUCUUCUCCACGUUGUCUUCGCAAGUGUUUGAUAAUUGAAUUCACUGAAGAACCCAAAGAAGAGAAAGAUGUCGCUGACAGAGAUUUCGAUAAUACAUCAUGUGGCAAUGGUGCUGAUUUUUCUCUGGCUGCUUUCUUCUUUAAGUUGGAACCACCCAAUUGCUUACUUUGUGUCUUUGAUUUAUCUCUACCAGGUUCAUGAGCAGUAUAUUAUGAGGAUGAGGAGGAAACUACAAUUCAAGGAAAGAAAAGAAGCUAAUCGGAAAAGGGUACUUUCUGAUUCUGAGUCAGUGCGGUGGUUGAACCAUGCAGUUGAAAAGAUUUGGCCCAUAUGUAUGGAACAGAUUGUUUCACAGAAAAUUCUCCUUCCUAUCAUACCUUGGUUCUUGGAGAAGUACAAACCCUGGACAGCUAAGAAAGCCAUUGUUCAGCACUUGUACAUGGGAAGAAACCCACCUAUGUUCACAGAAAUGAGGGUCAUUCGUGAAUCUACAGAUGAUGAUCACUUGGUUUUGGGGUUGGGAAUGAAUUUUCUCACUGCUGAUGAUAUGAGUGCAAUACUAGCUAUAAAACUGAGGAGAAGAUUGGGAUUUGGAAUGUGGGCAAAAUUACAUUUGACUGGCAUGCAUGUUGAAGGGAAGGUUUUGAUUGGAGUAAAGUUUAUACGGAAUUGGCCAUUCAUUGGUCGUUUGAGGGUGUGCUUUGCAGAGCCACCAUAUUUUCAGAUGACAGUGAAGCCUAUCUUCACUCAUGGACUUGAUGUUACAGAACUUCCAGGGAUUGCUGGAUGGCUAGAUAAGCUUCUUGCUGUUGCAUUUGAGCAGACUCUUGUUGAGCCCAAUAUGCUGGUUGUUGAUGUAGAGAAAUUUGUUUCACCAAAUAAAGAGGAUUGGUUCUCGGUCGAUGAGAAGGAGCCUAUUGCCCUUGCCAGAGUGGAAGUUCUUGAAGCAUCAGACAUGAAACCAUCAGAUUUAAAUGGAUUGGCUGAUCCAUAUGUAAAGGGGAAACUUGGACCUUACAGAUUCACGACUAAGAUACAAAAGAAGACUCUCACUCCAAAAUGGAAUGAAGAAUUCAAGAUCCCCAUCUGUUCAUGGGAGUUGCCUAAUAUGCUAGUCAUUGAAGUUCGUGACAAAGACCAUUUUGUUGACGAUACCCUUGGGGCCUGUUCCCUAAACAUCAAUGAUCUUAGGGGUGGCCAGAGACAUGACAUGUGGUUGCCUCUCAAGAACAUCAAAAUGGGGAGGUUGCAUCUUGCAAUUACUGUACUUGAAGACAACGAAGAGGAAGCAGAUCAGCUAGAUGACGAGGAAAUACUUGAUCAUAAAACAUUAGAUGAAGAAGAUAAAGAUCAGGAAGAUAAAAGAAAUUCCCUUGCAAGGGAGACUUCUCUCAGAGAUUCCUUCUCAUCUGCAUCAGAAAGAACUUCAAAAGUGGCAGAUAAAUAUGAACCCAUCAAUCUUGAAGGGCAGCAGGAGACUGGAAUAUGGGUCCACCACCCAGGAAGUGAAGUUUCACAAACUUGGGAGCCUAGAAAAGGGAAGAGUAGGCACAUUGAUUCCCAAAUCACUGGAGAGGGUAAUGAUUCUUUUAGGAGCCCUAAUUCAAUUGCAUAUGGAUCAUUUCACAAUGAUGGCAGCAGCACUGACGAGAAUUCUGAGGGUAAGAAAGCACAAGCAAUGAACACAGUUCGGAGGGGCCUAGAGAAGAUUGGUACAGUGUUCCAUAGAAAUAGGAAGGAAGAUAAUUCCAGUAACAUUGGUGAGAUCAUUCCAUCUCCACCUUCUAACAUUAAGGAAGUCAAUUCCAAGGCGAUUGGUGUUAGGUUUAUAGUGGAGGACAACCUUUCUAAGCCUUCUUCUGCUGAGGUUCCAAAAGAAGACAGGAGUCCAGGUCAUGAGGGAAGUGGCACUGAAAGCCCGAGCCAGGGGAAUGUGAAAGACAUGGCAAAAUGCUUUUUAAAGCAGGCUGGGAAAUCUGCUCGUGGCAUAAAACAUGCCCUUUCCCGGAAAGGUUCAAGAAAAUCUCAGGGUGAUCAAGAAAUUCCUGUGUUUGACUCUUCUGAUGAGGACUCUGCUUCUUCAUCAGUUUGUACCUCCACAAUGGAAGCAAUUCCUAUUAUUUCCACUCCCAUAUCCAGCCAUGGAAAUGAUCCUGUAGCCCAUAAGGAGCAAGUUGUUUUGAUAGGUGCUCCUGCUGCUAGCAUUGAGGAACCAGUGAGUGAGACGAAAGUGGAUGAUGAAGGUAGAGAAGGGAUGGGCGAUAACAUUGCAAGCAGCUCUGAAGGAAAUGGUGAUGAGUUGGUUGAGCAGUCAUCCAGUUUUGAGCCUUCUGUGGAGAAGUCGGAAAGAGAGAAAAUGGAGAAUCCUAGUGUAGCCAGUUAAAAAGGUUAGCCCAUGAGUGGUUGGUAAUGUAAUUGAAUUUGCAGAAUUAAUCCACAGCAGAUAUGUUGAUUCUCUUGUUUGUCAAUUCUGAAACACUAGGUUGGUUGUAUCUUGUGUUAUAUUUGCGUGUCAUGAUGGUUAUUUGAGUAUUGGUUGUAUAUACUUGUAUUCCAUGUGGACGAAUAAUGUACAACCAAAAAGGUUUACGGCUUCUUUUAUAAAGUUUGUUUAAAUUUGUAUCAA